AUGUAUAUCAAAAUAACGACAAGAUCCCAGACGCUCCAGGCUUUGUUCCAAAACGUCACUGGUUCCACUUGUGCACCACGUACAUUUGUAGCAAACAACAGCAAUACACUCACACUCGCACGUCAGGCCAGUCAAGGCAUCAUUGGGUGCCAACAUUUCACAGGACAAACUUACGAUCAGCAGCAUCACUCUCGACGUCACCACGGCCAUCCAGCCUGGCGUCUGUCGCCAGAGAUGGACGGACAAGGUAGAAGCAGGCGUGGGGGACGAGGUGGUGGUGGCGGUGGCGGCGGCAGCCAGUCCCGCGAAGUCGGCAUCUCGCGCGCCCUGUCCCGCCUGCUACGGCAUCAGGCUGCCAAUGCGGGCAUUCAGCUCGACGGCGAGGGGUAUGCGCCGCUGGACAAAGUGCUGGCAUGGGGACCCAUCAAAAGCCUCAAGGUGACGCUGCCCGAGAUACGCGAGGCCGUGGCCAACAGCGACAAGCAGCGUUUCAGCAUGAAACCCCUGUCGGCCGGCACGUCUCCCGACUCGGACGACCCGGCCGACUUCCUGAUCCGCGCGAACCAGGGCCACUCGAUCAAGCUUGAGUCGGCCGACCACCUGACGCCCGUGACGCUCGAGGCGGGAAACGUGCCCAAGGUGGUGGUGCACGGGACGUACUACGCCUUUUGGCCGGCCAUCGUAGCGUCGGGCGGCCUGAGGCCCAUGGGCCGCAACCACGUCCACUGCAGCACGGGCCUGCCCGGGUCCGAGAGGCAGGUCGUCAGCGGCAUGAGGAGGGACGCCGAGCUGCUCGUAUACCUGGACGUCGAGCGUGCGCUCCGGGACGGCGAGACAAAGUGGUGGCUGAGCGACAACGGCGUCGUCCUGACCGAGGGUGGUGAGGAUGGGUUGGUGCCCGUCAAGUACUUCAAGCAGGUGGUUGGUAGGAAAUCCGACGAGGUCGGGGUCCUUUGGAAGGAUGGUGAGAAGGUGGCCGAUCUGCCAGAGGGCUUGAAAAUUAAGGUGCCAGCCGGCAAGGAGAGGGUGAGCGGUGGAGCUGGUCGGGGCAGAGGGGGUGGUCGCGGUCGAGGGGGUCGAGGAGGCAGGGGAGGCAGUGGAGAUGCGACAGGAGGAGGGACUGAGCACGGUGACACCAAAAGCUAA